CACCACACGAAGGACUGUGGAGCCGGCAUGAACCUCACCAAGAUCUCCACUUUCUCCGCACUACUCUUCUUAUGAUUUGCUUAAGAAGAGACGGAUCCCAGUACGGUGACAGUGUUCCGUAGCACUUCCGCGACAAAAAGCCGAAUUGCUCCCUGGCAGGACCUACGAAGACAGCAACAGCAACAGCAGCUCGAUCCUCUGAGCUCAGAAGCCAGCUUACGAAAUGUUCGCUCCACUUCUUCUCUUCGUCGGUUUAGUCACCGCAAUACCCGCAUCAGCUCCUGCUGCUGCUGCUGGGUAUCGUCUCCUCGGGCGAGUAAACCCAGCAACCAAAGAGCUCACCUGGCCCGGCACCGGCGUUUCGUUCAUGUUCAAGGGAACCUCGGCCACCAUCAGCCUCACCAACAUCGUCGGCGACAACAGCUUCGACCUAGUCAUCGACGGCAAAGCGCCCACAGAGAUCGCAAAGGUUGUUAACACCACCAUUACCACUCCCAAACUCACAAAAGGCACCCACUCUGUCGUCCUCCGCCGUCGCUCCGAGACAGCCCUAGGGACAGUGUCCAUCAACACCGUUACCACGGAUGGCGCCUUCGUCGCUGAGAAGCCACUCACCCGCCAAAUCGAAAUCAUCGGCGACUCCAUCACCGUCGGCUACGGUCUCGACGGCACAAACCCCUGCACCAACAACGCUGCCGUGACCGACAAUCCCAAAACCUACGGCGUACUGGCUGCCAACGCGGUGAACGCAGAUUACCAUGUCAUCGCUUGGAGCGGCAAAGGCCUUGUCCGCAACAUCGCCUCUAGCACCACCGACACCUCUCCACUGAUCCCAGAACUGUACACACGCUACGGCGCCAACGAGGCAGACAACAGCUAUACCUUCCCCUCAUCCUGGAGACCCAGCGCCGUUGUGAUCAACCUUGGAACCAACGACUGGUCGUACCUCGGCUUCGACGCGUCGGGUCAAUCCUACGCAGCACGCGAGGUCCUUAACCCCGCUACCUUCACAGCCGGCCUCGUGAAGUUCGUCAAGCAGAUCCAGUCCAAGUACUCCAACGCGCAGUUUUUCUUGCUCAACAGCCCGAUGCUGAGUGAUUCGUACCCCACGGCGGCAGACGCGCAGAAGACGAACCAGACCAAGGCAGUGCAGGAUGCUGUCAAGCAGAUCGGUGCAAAGGCGCAUUUUUUGGAUUGGCCCACGCAGGGGAGUGCAGUGGGGUGUGACUAUCAUCCGAAUGCUGCGACGCAUGUGGCAGAGGGAACUGUCUUGGCUGCUGCUUUGAAGAGUGCGCUAAAGUGGUGAUGAAGAGACUGGAGAAGAAGUAGAAAUUGACUACACUUAAUGAAAUGAUAGUUUUGCU